AUGGUGUCCAGCGGCUUCUGCGUUAAGUUGAAGCCAGGUUACGAUUCGCAUUUCAUUAUCAAAGAAAUAGCUACAGCGUACAAAGGACAUGUAGAAUUGCUUCCAAUAACGAAGGAAAAAUACAUUUCCUUCACCAAACAUGUCACACGCACCGCUGAAAAAUCAGAUUGGCGAAAUUGUAUGAAAUUGCGAUUCAUCGAUUCAUACAAAUUUUUAACUGCCAGUCUCGACAAACUAGCGUCUCUUCUCAGCAUGGAUAAUUUGAAAAUUAUACGUUCAAAUUUUUCAAAGUUAUCGGUGGAAGAUUUCAAUUUAUUGACGCGAAAGGGUGUCUUUCCGUACGAGUAUGUUGAUUGCAUCGAAAAGUUGGAGGACACGUGUUUACCACCGCGCGAAUCAUUUUACAGUUCCUUGACCGGUGACACUGUGUCCGAGAACGAUUACGUACACGCUGCAAACGUCUGGCGACGGUUUGCCAUUCAAUCCUUGGGCGAGUACAGCGACCUGUAUUUGAAAAUAGAUAUGUUGUUGGCUGACAUUUUUGAAAAUUUCCGAGAUAAGUGUAUCGAGAGUUAUGGUCUCGAUCCCGCGUAUUAUUACACAUUACCAGGAUUCACGUGGGACGCCAUGCUUAAACAUACGCGUAUAAAUUUCGAACUCCUCACGGACAUUGAUAUGGUCAUGUUUAUCGAGCGCGGUAUACGUGGCGGUCUGAGUCAAUGCUCCAGUAGAUAUGCGCAGGCUAACAACAAAUAUAUGCACUCGUAUGAUCCAUCGAAAGCUUCCUCAUACUUGAUGUACUUUGACGUAAAUAAUCUAUACGGAUGGGCAAUGUGUCAACCGUUGCCAUACGCCAAAUUUCGAUGGGUCGACGAUGUUGCAGAUUUUGACUUUAGUGCGAUCGCCUCGGACUCGCCCACGGGUUACAUUCUCGAGCCGCCUGGCAAGCGGCAGGCAAAACUUCUGGCGACUCUAUAUUGCAAGAAGCGUUACGUCAUUCACUAUCGUAACCUGCAGCAAUGUACGCGUCAAGGCCUUCGCGUCACAAAUAUACAUCGCGUACUACAAUUCGCGCAAUCCGCAUGGUUUCGCGAUUAUAUUGAACUAAAUACGCAAUUUAGAACGCUCGCCAAGAACAAUUUUGAGAAAAAUUUGUAUAAAUUGAUGAACAACGCGGUAUUCGGCAAAACUAUGGAAAAUGUACGAAAUCGCGUCAAUGUAAAAUUAAUAACUAAAUGGGAAGGACGAUACGGCGCGGAGGCAAUGGUCGCAAAACCAAAUUUCCAUAGCCGAAGCAUCUUUUCGGAAAAUCUGAUAGCCGUUGAAUUGCGCAAACUCGAGGUGAAAUUCGACAAGCCGAUCUACGUAGGUAUGUGCAUUCUCAACAUAUCUAAAGUCUGUUUGUACGAAUUUCAUCACGAGUACAUGUUACCUUUAUAUCGCGACAGAUGUAAAAUUAUGUACACCGACACAGAUAGCCUUAUACGAGGUGUGGCAAUAAAGAAACCGGAUUGA